GAAUGUGAAUGGGAUUCGCAUUCGCAUUCGCAUUCGCAUUCGGGGCAUUCCCUUCUCUCGACUCGUCGAGGCGGGAGGAGCCGCAGCCCACAUGCUCGCCAUUGCCACAGAUGGCGUCCGAAGCAAGCAGCCAAGCGGAAAGCACGCCGCGGAAUCAGCAGCAGGCGGCGGCGGCAGCGGCGGGGGGGAUGCCGUCGCUGUACGGGCGCGCGUUGCCGUCGCCGCCGGCGGUGGAGUUCGCGUCGGAGGAGGGGAGGUGGCUCUUCACGGAGGCGCUGCAGGGCGGGACCAUGCAGGGGUUCUUCAGCCUCGUCUCCUGCUUCCAGACGCAGUCGGAGCCGGCCUUCUGCGGCCUCGCAACGCUCUCCGUCGUCCUCAACGCGCUCCGCAUCGACCCGGGGCGGCGGUGGAAGGGCCCGUGGAGGUGGUUCGACGAGUCCAUGCUCGACUGCUGCGAGCACCUCGACACCGUCAGGACCAAGGGGAUCACCUUCGGCAAGGUCGCCUGCCUCGCCCACUGCUCCGGCGCCGACGUCCGCCCCUUCCGCGCCGACCAGGCCACCCUCGCCGACCUCCGCCGCCACCUCGUCCGCUGCGCCUCCUCCCAGGACUGCCACCUCGUCGUCUCCUACCACCGAAAGCUGCUCGGCCAGACUGGAACCGGACAUUUCUCGCCGAUUGGCGGUUACCAUGCCGGGGAAGACAUGGCGCUCAUCCUGGAUGUCGCCCGCUUCAAAUACCCUCCUCAUUGGGUUCCGCUGCCGCUUCUUUGGGAAGCCAUGAACACGAUCGAUGAAGCAACUGGGCUUCUCAGGGGGUUCAUGCUUAUCUCAAGGAACAAUGGAGCUCCUUCAUUGAUCUGCACGGUGAGUUGCAGAGAUGAAAGCUGGCAAAGCAUGGCAAAGUAUUGCAUAGAAGAUGUGCCUAAUCUUUUGAAGGACGAGAGUGUAGACAGUGUCCUAACAAUUCUGUCGCGCAUAGUAAAUCAUCUUCCUCCCAAUGCUGGAAAUUUGAUCAAAUGGGUCAUUGAAGUUAGGAGAAAAGAGGAAGGAGGAUCGAGAUUAAACGGAGAGGCUAAUGAAAUACCUUUCUUGAAGGAAAAGGUACUACAGCAAAUCCGUGAUACUAAGCUUUUCCGAUUACUCCACAAACUGCAAUGUUCUAAGCAACCAUGUCGUAGUUGCUCAUCUUCAAGGGAUGAAGACUCCAUUGCCCAAAGUGCAGCCAGCGUAUGCUGCCAAGGAGACGCACUGCUAAAUGAGAACCUGUCGACAAGUAAUGGUUUCUGUAUCAGAGAAACAUGUUCUGAAUGUGUUCAGGUGGAUGAUGAAGGGGCUAAAAUUUUCACUACAAGCAGCCUGGUAUCUGAAGGCAAUGAGCAGGGUGUUGAUAAACUGUCACCAAUAUCCUUAUCGGAAACAUGCUCGUGCAAAUCAAAUUCGAGCAACGGAACUGUCAAAAAUCCAUCAAGCACAGAUAUUCUAACUGUUCUAUUGCUCUCGUUACAUCCUAGCACAUGGUUGGGCAUUGAAGGUGAGAAGUUGAAGGCUGAAUUUCAGAGUCUUGUUUCGACAGACAGUCUUCCUGAUGCUCUUAAACUGGAGAUAUUGCAUCUACGGAGGCAACUCCGUUAUCUGAAGGCUUGUCAAGAAAAGGAGGCUUAUGAAGAUCCCCUUAGCAAUGAUGCUUGCUAAGUGCUAACAGGAGAACCCAUUCAAUAGCGAAAUUUACUGCGAAUUGAUGCCAAAAGAAAAGGCUAGGAUGUUAACUACUGUUAAGAGAGGAGAAUAGUACCUCCCUUUCAAAUAAGGACUGUAACAAUUUUCUGAUAAUAAUGACUCGUUGGCACGUGUAGUUCGCAACCGCGAACUGUAGUGUAUUUCAUUGCAUAGCUUUAUUUUUGUUUCUCCCCCUUGCAUAGGUCUACUAGUGGGUUGCAUGGAAAUGGAUUAAAAGAGUUGGUUUUUAAUUUACAUUGCCUUUGUUUCAGUGCA